GCUGAUUUUCCAAUACGACGCAUAACAAAUAUCUUUGUUGUUAGUUGUUAUUUUUCUUCGUAUCACUCCAAUCGAUAAUAAAAUUUAUCUUCAACAGUAUUUCUUUAUUAUUUUCCAUAAAUUAAAUGUGUAGUUAACUUAUCAACACACAUAAAUAAUUUGUUAAGCGAACACCAGCACAAACGGCACAAAGCACUUGCGCUACGCGUAGUCUCAAGCAGUACCUAGUUCCAUAAUUUCUUAAGUGCACUGGUAAAGAUGGCACCGCGUUCAAUUCUCUUACUCUCCUCUUCACGUGUACAUGGCUAUGAGUUCUUGGAGCAUGCGAAGGAAUAUUUGAAAGAAUUUCUAACAAAGCGUAAUGUGAAGACGGUGCUCUUUGUACCCUACGCCCAGAACGAUUACAAUAAGUACACAGAGCUUGUUGAGAACUCACUUUCUCCAUGGGGUUUUAAAGUCGAAGGUUUGCACGUUAAACAGAACCCGAUAGAAGCAGUGAUGCAGGCGCAGGCGAUAUUCAUAGGUGGAGGCAAUACUUUUGUGCUGCUUAAAGCGCUCUACGAUGAAAAUCUAAUACCCAUAAUACGUGAACGUGUACUACUAAAGGGUAUACCAUAUAUUGGCUCGAGUGCCGGCACAAAUGUGGCCACACUCUCCAUACAUACGACAAACGACAUGCCAGUUACGUUUCCACCCACAUUUGAGGGUUUGCGUCUGGUGCCGUUCAACAUCAAUCCACAUUAUGUGGAUCCAGAUGCGGCGACACGUCAUAAAGGUGAGACGCGUGACGAACGCAUUAACGAAUUUAUUGAGUAUCAUAAAAAGCCGGUGUUGGGCCUACGCGAGGGCACUGCAUUACUGGUGGAGAGCGGUAAGGCCAUUUUAGUGGGAGAUCGUAAUGCGAAAUUGUUUUUGGCCAAUAAGGAACAAGUUGAAUUUGCACCAAACACCGAUUUGAGUUUUCUAUUGAAUCAAGCUUAAUUUGCUUUUGCGAAUGCAGAACAAAAAAAGGAAUUAAAAGGAAAGGAAAAAAGGAGGAAUUUAAAUGUCAAACUACAGUGUUUUUAGUGUAAUUGCUGUGUAUCUUGUUGUCAUUGUUUGAAUGUGUUAUUAUAGUAAAUGUGCUGCUGCUGUCACCUUAUCAAGCUUAAACAACAAUAUUUGCCAAAUAAAAUGCAUUUACUGAAAA